ACGAUCAACGAUAUGGUGACCAAAUUCGGAAGGCUGUGGAAAUUCGAAUGAGUUGAUUUUAGGCGCUAGCAGAAGAAGAUGCAUUUUCUCUUGACCUCCCUCAAGGUUAUGUAUGUGUUGAACACGCUAUGUCCAGAAGUGCUUGAGAAUCCUAAUGAUGAACCGCUCGAGCGCACCCGGGCAAGACUGAAAUGAGAGAACGACGAUUACAUCUGUCGUCGCUAUAUCCUCAAGCUAUGGUUGAUCAUCUGUUCGAUAUCUACCAAAAUGUCUAGUCCUCAAAGGAACUUUGGGAGACGCUCAAAACCAAGUAUAUGGCAGAAGAUGCCUCCUGCAAAAAAUUUCUGGUAAGCAAUUUCAAUAAUUAUAAAAUGGUUGAUACGCGUCCUGUGAUGGAGCAAUAUAUUGAAUUGGUCCGGAUUUUGGGCCAAUUCAACCAACACGAUUUAAAGAUGGAUAAAGCCAUCGCCGUGUCGAGUGUAAUUGAUAAACUCCCUCACGCGUAAAAAAAUGCUCAAAUAUAAAAAAGAGGACUUGACGAUGGUGGAACUUGGGAGUCAUUUGCGCAUCGAAGAGUCGUUGCAUGCGCAAGAAGACGGAAAGGAAAAUGAGUAUUAAGAAAAACAAAGCCUUAAAGUUGAAUGAUGAAAGAAACGCAAGCAUGAUGCUUUCAACAAAGGCUCCAACAAGAAGCCUAAACAAGGUUGCUGGAUUUGUGGAGAAUCAGGCCAUUUCAAGUGCGAUUGUCGUGUUGGAAAAGGAAAGAGGAGCGCUAGUGCUAGUAGAACGGGAAAAGGGUCGAAAGACCAAUCUCAAAACCAAGGAUGACGCUUAUACGUGGUGGAUAAAUUCUGGUGCCACUAGACACGUAUGUAAAGAUAGGUGCUGGUUCAAAGAACUCCAACCGGUGGAUGAUGGAUUGGUGCUAUAUAUGGUAGACUAUUAUUAUGAUCCAGUGGAAUUUAGUUCUAAUAGGAGUAUCACCAUAUGUAAUGUAUUAUAUGUUCCUAGGUUGCGUAAGAACUUUGUGUCGGUCCUGUAUGAAAUAAGUUUGGAUACAAACAAGUGUUUGAAUUGGACAAAUAUGUCCUAUCGAAACAUGGAUUAUUUGUAGA